UUCCACGCAGCUUUUUUUUUUCUUUUCCUAUAUAAUAGUACUACUUUGCGCCUCCCCGCUCAUCCAACGAGAUCUUCUUUUUUAUUAUCACCCUUUCUUCUCAUGAACGAAUCUCACACCAGCAACAACUGGUACCCACCAGCUUGUGAUACCGAUUUUGCGUUCCAGCUUCCCAUCACACCCAACGACUAUACUUCAACCUUUCAAGUAGCCAUGCCAGCUUCACAAUCCAACAGCGGCCGACUAGCUCACCGCCGACGAGCAUCAUGUGCUAUCUCUAUCAUCCAGGAGAGUCCUGCAGGACAUGUACCUUGCCCCCCUCAGCCUUGUCCUAGCCGCUCACUCUCUGAUUCCAUGCUGGUUGUCAAGCCGGGUAGGGAAUGUAUAACCAGUUUUGACAACGAAGCAAAUACCAACACACGCCAAUGGCCUAUGGAUAUUCGAACGUGGUGGAAACCCUCUCAUGCAAAUGAGAAGCCACCUUAUUCUUACGCCACUUUGAUUGCUCACGCUAUCUUGUGCAGUGCUCAUGGUAAACUUACAUUAAGUGAUAUCUAUCGCUGGAUCUCUGAGCAAUACCCAUAUUACGCUCUUGGAAGUCACGGCUGGCAGAACUCCAUAAGACACAAUUUGUCCCUGAAUAAGCGAAGCUUCGUUAAGCUUGAACGCCGUCCUUCAAAGCAGAACCCUGGAAAGGGUAGCUAUUGGGCUAUCAUACCUGGCGCUGAGCGUCCGUUUAUCGAGAACCUCACCCGUAAAGGUGGUCCCCGAAGACAUCAUCAAUCCACUCUUCCUCUCGGUGCUCAGUUCGCUGUCGCCGACACUCCUCAAGGCUUAGCCCGCCAUGAUAGUGCUAUUGAUGUCGAAGGUGAAAGCUGCAAGGUCACCAAGUUGUGCUCUGCCAAUCUCCUCAUCACUGUGCCAGAAGAUUAUCAAGAACACAAGAGCAAUACCAGAUCAGGUUCCUCUGACUAUCUUCAUAUCUCCAACGUUGAAGAGGAAGAAGCUGCUUCCAUCCAAUAUUCCCCAGAUCAGUUUACACAAACCACUCGAUCUACCUCUCCUCUCUAUACUACUUUCAGAAUGUCCAAGGUUGAAAAGGAAAAGCCCGCACAAAGCAUUGGUCGACGAACUCGUCGUAGCAAGAAGAGAAAGCAAAGAACCCGCGAGGAUUCUUAUGACUCUGAUUGUGACUCUGGUGUUGACGUUAGCAAUGAAUAUAUUGGCUCUCUCCAUAAGCGCAAGCAAAGACGGAAGUUGGCCAAGGAACAAGCCGACAUUCAAAAGGCUGAACUCAGCCAUGAGAAUCCUGCCGUCAUAGCUGAGGAAGAUUCCAAUCUGGAAUUGUCCUGGAGAAACAUGCUAGCAUCUGGCUUGGAGCUGCUAUGCCCUGACCAACCUGGCUUUGACCUCUACUCUGAAUUCUCAUACCUAACCAAUGCUGAAGGCGAAGGUGCCGAUUACUUUAGCCAUUGUCCACCCAAUGCCAUCACAAGACCUCUUGACAUUGAUCUCAGCUUGCAGCAUCCCCUACAAAAGGAAGCACUAGACAAGCAAGAUCAGAAUAAUGCUGUCUUUGCCUCCAAGAACUAUUCAUCCAUGCUUGACAGUCUUCCGGUUGGCAUGCACAAGACCAAGCAAAUGUCUCCGGAUCUCUCUGGCGUUACAUUUGCACAGUUGCUUCAGUCUGCUACCGUAGACGAUGAGACUUCCAAAUACCUCAAAUUCGAAAGCAGUGACGACGAGGAAACUUCCAACUCUACGGAUUCCUAUUGCGUGACUCCUCCUUCAUUACCAUUGGACGACCUGUACCCUCAACUUCAUUAACCAAAUCACCUGCUAUUACAGUAUUAUAUUGUACAUUUUAUCAUCCACAUACCCUCCCGUCGUCUCGAUACCUCUCCUCUUUUACCCCGUCACGCUUUGGCAUGGCAAUUUGUUCUGAUACCCUGCCAACAUUAUCAUUAUUGCUGUUGUUUG